AAAACGAAUAUAUAAAUGAUAUAAAAAGUGUAUACGACAUUGCAUUUACUUACCUUUCAAUGAUAUAAAAGUUAUAGUAUAAAAUGACAUUUCAAUUACGUACAUAAAAGUUAUUAAACCAACUCUAUUCUUCAGUGGAUAAUGGCAGAACCAAGUAAACCACCGUUAAAACUCGACGGCAAAAUAACAAUAAUAACCGGCGGAGCAAGCGGAAUCGGAGAAGCAACAGCGCGUCUCUUCGCCAACCACGGCGCGUACGUCAUAAUCGCCGACAUCCAAGACGAAAACGGCCAACAAGUCGCCAAUUCCAUCGGCACAAACCGCUGCACCUACAUCCACUGCGACAUCUCUGACGAACAACAAGUAAUCUCCAUCGUCAAUCUCACCGUCAAAACUCACGGCCGAUUAGACAUCAUGUUCAGCAACGCCGGAAUAAUAAGCACAUCCAAACAAACAGUCCUCGAUCUCAACCUAACGGAACUCGACGCGCUGCUCAACGUCAACGUGCGUGGAACCGCCGCGUGCGUAAAGCACGCGGCGCGUGCGAUGGUAGAACAGCGCGUGAGAGGCUGCAUCGUUUGUACGGCGAGCGUGGCUGCCUCUAAAGGUGGAAGUAUACGGACGGAUUACGUGAUGACGAAGCACGCGCUGCUAGGGCUGGUGAGAUCGGCGAGUAAGCAGUUAGGUGUGUAUGGAAUACGAGUGAACUGUGUGUCGCCGUCGGCGGUGGUGACGCCGUUGGCGAAACGGUCGCCGGAGAGUGCGGAGAAGACGAUGAGGUUGUAUGAGAAGUUGUCGAGUUUGAAAGGAGUGGAAUUGAGUGUGGAGGAUGUAGCGGAAGCUGUGUUGUUUCUGGCAUCCGACGGUUCAAAGUUUGUUACUGGUCAUGAUCUGGUGGUGGAUGGUGGUUUGACCAAGUUACCGGAUGCAGAUGAUUUGGUUAUGUAUGAUUGUUGAUACGGAACUAUUGAUAUAAUUGGUUGCGUCGUGUGUCAUCUUUAUGUAAGCAAAGGAUUCUUUUACAAGCGUCAUGUAUCCGAUUAUGAUCUUACUCGUAACAUAUGUAAAUAAACUCAUGGUUGUAAAAAUCCUGAUUAGUCGCUGAUUAAUCGCUAGUCCUAAGUUCACCGAGUAAUUUUUUUA